UGCAGAGGCAACACAGACAGCGGAUGCAAAACAUUCACCUGCUCAUCGGCUACAUGAUUUCAGCGAAUCUAUUAUAGUUAUUUACCAAUAGAACACGUACCGUUGUUGAAAUACUGCAAGCAAACAUGUUGCUGCAGGUUAGACUAUCAGAAGUAUGCCUCUUUCUACAGGCUAUGUUUAUUUUAGCGUGCUGUUUCAGUGAUAUGGAUUCGGGGCCUAUCGCGACGGGUGGAUCUGUUCAACCAAACGGAGAUCGUUUCAAAAUCGAGGGUCGGGCAAUCGUUCCUGGGGUGAAAACUCAAGACUGGAUUUCGUCAGCCCGAGUCACGGUAGAGGGAGAAGAGUAUAUAGGCUUCUUGAGGUAAUACUGUAGGCUUGGACGACGAAAAACAUGGAUUGUUGUGCUAACUAAGGGCUAACGCUAACCGGGGCCCUGUGCUCACACUAAAGGCUAUCCUCGUUUGCUGCUAGCCUAGUUUUUAGUUGACAGCUAGCUAACGUUAUCGGUGUUAUAAUAAUAAGCCAUUUAGCAAAAGCUUUUAUCCAAAGCGACUUACAGUCAUGCGUGCAUACAUUUUUGUGUAUGGGUGGUCCCGGGGAUCGAACCCACUACCCUGGCGUUACAAGCGCCGUGCUCUACCAGCUGAGCUACAGGUGAUUGAGAUGGAGAGCUAAUUGAGACUGCUUAGUGUCCAGCAUUAUCAUGUUAGCUAACGUAGCUAGCUGGUUAACUAAUUAUUAAGAAUAGCGGACAUUCAUAAAGAUGGCUGCCUCCAUCUUUCAAAUGCCUCAUUUGCUAAAAGUUCGCCGUAUUAAACAGUGUACUCCAUUGAAUUCCUCCAUCUUGACUUUAUGCACCUUGGCCAUUGACAGUGGCCCUACACCAUUUGUUCUAAUCUCCUCCCCCACUUUGAUACAGCUCCCACUCUGGCCAAGGGGCCCCAACACCUGUUAUGAAUCGACAUUAUAAUGCUAGAUCAAACUGAGCAUGGCUACAGUAUGAUGAUGGUUAUUGAUGCCUUUGAAACCCCUGACUUACUCUCUCUGCAGAACUGAUGGAAGUUUCGUUGUUAAUGAUGUUCCCUCUGGAUCCUACGUUGUGGAAGUGAUCUCACCUGGAUACAAAUUUGAAGCAGUCCGUGUGGACAUCACGUCUAAGGGGAAAAUGAGGUACAGUUAGGGCUGUGGCGGUCUUGACAUUUUGUCAGCCGGUAACUGUCAUGCAAAUAACUGCUGGUCUCUGGUAAUUUACCGUUAAUUAACAUAAACAAGUUUAACAUCGCCUACAAGCAACUGAUAUAGACCUUUUGGAAUAUCUACAUUUUUAAAAGGUCUAAUAAAUCCAUUUAAAAUAGCCUACACCAUCUCAAUAAAUCCAUUAUUUUAGGCAGGUCUAAAGAAACAUGAUAUUAAGAAAAUGUAGAGAGAAUUGCAUAUGCUGAGUCGUCCUUAUGUUAGGCCCUGAUCUGGCUAUGCCAUACAGCAGGUUCUUCAAUUCCGGUCCUGGAGGGCCGAAACACUUCUGUUUUUUAUUUCUACCUGGUAGUUAAUUGCACUCACCUGGUGUCCCAGGUCUGAAUUAGCCCCUGAUUAGAAGGAGAGGAUGAAAAACAGAGGUGUUUCGGCCCUCCAGGACCGGAAUUGAAGAACCCUGCCAUACAGUAUGGCUGUGGGCUACGCUAGUUCAUUUAGCAGACAAGAUUUGCUUAUGUACUGAACAAAAAUGUAAACGUAACAUGCAAAAAUUUCAAAGAUUUGACUGAGUUACAGUUCAUAUAAGGAAAUCAGUCAAUUGAAAUAAAUAAAUUAGGCCCAAAGCUAUUGAUUUUACAUGACUGCGAAUACAGAUGCAUCUGUUGGUCACAGAUACUUUUUUUUUUUUUUUAAGGUAGGGGCAUGGAUCAGAAAACCAGUCAGUAGCUGGUGUGACCACCAUUUGCCUUAUGCAGCGCGACACAUCCCCUUUGCAUGAAAUUGAUCAGGCUGUUGAUUGUGGCAUGUGUAGACCUUAGAGUGAAAUGCUUACUUACAAGCCAUUAACCAACAAUGCAGUUUUAUGAAAAAUAAGUUAAAGUAUUUACAAAAAUAAACUGAAGUAAAAAUAAUAAAGAAAACAGAAGGAAAUAGAAAAAUAACGAAUAAUUAAAGAGCAACAAUAAAAUAACAGUAACAAUAAUAAUAUAAUAAUAUGCCAUUUAGCAGACGCUUUUAUCCAAAGCGACUUAGUCAUGCGUGCAUACAUUUUUUUUUUUUGUGUAUGGGUGGUCCCGGGGAUCGAAUCCACUACCUUGGCGUUACAAGCGCCGUGCUCUACCAGCUGAGCUACAGAGGACCACUAACAAGGCUAUAUACAGGGGGUACCGGUACAGAGUCAAUGUGCGGGGGCACCGGUUAGUCAAGGUAUUAUGUACAUGUAGGUAAAGUGACUAUGCAUAGAUAAUAAACUGAGAGUAGCAGCAGUGUAAAAUUGGGGGGGAGGGUCAAUGCAAAUAGUCAGUGUAGCCAUUUGAUUAGCUGUUCAGGAGUCUUAUGGCUUGGGGUUAGAAGCUGUUAAGAAGCCUUUUGGACCUAGACUUGGUGCUCCGGUACCGCUUGCCGUGCGGUAGCAGAGAGAACAGUCUAUGACUAGGUUGGCUGGAGUCUUUGGCAAUUUUUAGGGCCUUCCUCUGACACCACCUGGUAUAGAGGUCCUGGAUGGCAGGAAGCUUGGUGAUGUACUGGGUCGUAAGCACUACCCUCUGUAGUGCCUUGCGGUCAAAGGCCGAGCAGUUGCCUUACCACAGGCGGUGAUGCAACCAGUUCUCUCGAUGGUGCAGCUGUAGACAUUUGUGAGGAUCUGAGCACCCAUGCCAAAUCCAAGAUUUUUCAAAUACAUUGAGUAGCUAUUGUAAUUCUCAAUGGAUGUAAAAACAGACUUUGAGAAGCUCCGCAGGUCAUUAGUAGUGGUGCGUUAAGCCAAUCAGAAAUACUAUCAGAUCCCCAAAUGGGCACAUUUAUAUGCCUACAAUUGCGCAGGCCAGCUAGCCUACGUCUAAAAUUAUAGACUGAUCAUGUCUUUGUCAGUGGGCAAACGUACAAAAUCAGCAGGGGAUCAAAUACUUUUUUCCUUCACUGUGUGUAUAUAUAUAUAUAUAUGUGUGUAUAUACACUGCUCAAAAAAAUUAAGGGAACACUUAAACAACACAAUGUAACUCCAAGUCAAUCACACUUCUGUGAAAUCAAACUGUCCACUUAGGAAGCGACACUGAUUGACAAUAAAUGUCACAUGCUGUUGUGCAAAUGGAAUAGACAACAGGUGGAAAUUAUAGGCAAUUAGCAAGACACCCCCAAUAAAGAAGUGGUUCUGCAGGUGGUGACCACAGACCACUUCUCAGUUCCUAUGCUUCCUGGCUGAUGUUUUGGUCACUUUUGAAUGCUUUUGGUGCUUUCACUCUAGUGGUAGCAUGAGACGGAGUCUACAACCCACACAAGUGGCUCAGGUAGUGCAGCUCAUCCAGGAUGGCACAUCAAUGCGAGCUGUGGCAAGAAGGUUUGCUGUGUCUGUCAGCGUAGUGUCCAGAGCAUGGAGGCGCUACCAGGAGACAGGCCAGUACAUCAGGAGACGUGGAGGAGGCCGUAGGAGGGCAACAACCCAGCAGCAGGACCGCUACCUCCUCCAGCAGGACCGCUACCUCCUGCCAGAGCCCUGCAAAAUGACCUCCAGCAGGCCACAAAUGUGCAUGUGUCUGCUCAAACGGUCAGAAACAGGGUGGUAUGAGGGCCCGACGUCCACAGGUGGGGGUUGUGCUUACAGCCCAACACCGUGCAAGACGUUUGGCAUUUGCCAGAGAACACCAAGAUUGGCAAAUUCGCCACUGGCGGCCUGUGCUCUUCACAGAUGAAAGCAGGUUCACACUGGAGACGCCGUGGAGAACGUUCUGCUGCCUGCAACAUCCUCCAGCAUGACCGGUUUGGCGGUGGGUCAGUCAUGGUGUGGGGUGGCAUUUCUUUGGGGGGCCGCAUAGCCCUCCAUGUGCUCGCCAGAGGUAGCCUGACUGCCAUUAGAUACCGAGAUGAGAUCCUCAGACCCCUUGUGAGACCAUAUGCUGGUGCAGUUGGCCCUGGGUUCCUCCUAAUGCAAGACAAUGCUAGACCUCAUGUGGCUGGAGUGUGUCAGCAGUUCCUGCAAGAGGAAGGCAUUGAUGCUAUGGACUGGCCCGCCCGCCCGUUCCCCAGACCUGAAUCCAAUUGAGCACAUCUGGGACAUCAUGUCUCGCUCCAUCCACCAACGCCACGUUGCACCACAGACUGUCCAGGAGUUGGCGGAUGCUUUAGUCCAGGUCUGGGAGGAGAUCCCUCAGGAGACCAUCCGCCACCUCAUCAGGAGCAUGCCCAGGCGUUGUAGGGAGGUCAUACAGGCACAUGGAGGCCACACACACUACUGAGCCUCAUUUUGACUUGUUUUAAGGACAUUACAUCAAAGUUGGAUCAGCCUUGUAGUGUGGUUGUUUUUUCCACUUUAAUUUUGAGGGUGACUCCAAAUCCAGACCUCCAUGGGUUGAUAAAGUUUGAUUUCCAUUGAUAAUUUUGUGUGAUUUUGUUUGUCAGCACAUUCAACUAUGUUAAAGAAAAAAGUAUUUAAUAAGAUUAUUCAUUCAUUCAGAUCUAGGAUGUGUUGUUUAAGUGUUCCCUUUAUUUUUUGAAUAAGUAUUUGGUCACCUACAAACAAGCAAGAUUUCUGGCUCUCACAGACCUGUAACUUCUUCUUUAAGAGGCUCCUCUGUCCUCCACUCGUUACCUGUAUUAAUGGCACCUGUUUGAACUUGUUAUCAGUAUAAAAGACACCUGUCCACAACCUCAAACAGUCACACUCCAAACCCCACUAUGGCCAAGACCAAAGAGCUGUCAAAGGACACCAGAAACAAAAUUGUAGACCUGCACCAGGCUGGGAAGACUGAAUCUGCUGGGAAGACUGAAUCCUAGGUAAGCAGCUUGGUUUGAAGAAAUCAACUGUGGGAGCAAUUAUUAGGAAAUGGAAGACAUACAAGACCACUGAUAAUCUCCCUCGAUCUGGGGCUCCACGCAAGAUCUCACCCCGUGGGGUCAAAAUGAUCACAAGAACGGUGAGCAAAAAUCCCAGAACCACACGGGGGGACCUAGUGAAUGACCUGCAGAGAGCUGGGACCAAAGUAACAAAGCCUACCAUCAGUAACACACUACGCCGCCAGGGACUCAAAUCCUGCAGUGCCAGAUGUGUCCCCCUGCUUAAGCCAGUACAUGUCCAGGCCCGUCUGAAGUUUGCUAGAGUGCAUUUGGAUGAUCCAGAAGAGGAUUGGGAGAAUAUCAUAUGGUCAGAUGAAACCAAAAUAGAACUUUUUGGUAAAAACUCAACUCGUCGUGUUUGGAGGACAAAUAAUGCUGAGUUGCAUCCAAAGAACACCAUACCUACUGUGAAGCAUGGGGGUGGAAACAUCAUGCUUUGGGGCUGUUUUUCUGCAAAGGGACCAGGACGACUGAUCCGUGUAAAGGAAAGAAUGAAUGGGGCCAUGUAUCGUGAGAUUUUGAGUGAAAACCUCCUUCCAUCAGCAAGGGCAUUGAAGAUGAAACGUGGCUGGGUCUUUCAGCAUGACAAUGAUCCCAAACACACCGCCCGAGCAACGAAGGAGUGGCUUCGUAAGAAGCAUUUCAAGGUCCUGGAGUGGCCUAGCCAGUCUCCAGAUCUCAACCCCAUAGAAAAUAUUUGGAGGGAGUUGAAAGUCCGUGUUGUCCCAGCGACAGCCCCAAAACAUCACUGCUCUAGAGGAGAUCUGCAUGGAGGAAUGGGCCAAAAUACCAGCAAAUAGUGUGUGAAAACCUUGUGAAGACUUACAGAAAUCGUUUGACCUGUGUCAUUGCCAACAAAGGGUAUAUAACAAAGUAUUGAGAAACUUUUGUUAUUGACCAAAUUCUUAUUUUCCACCAUAAUUUGCAAAUAAAUUCAUAAAAAAUCCUACAAUGUGAUUUUCUGGAAUUUUCUUUCUCAUUUUGUCUGUCAUAGUUGACGUGUACCUAUGAUGAAAAUUACAGGCCUGUCAUCUUUUUAAGUGGGAUAACUUGCACAAUUGGUGGCUGACUAAAUACUUUUUUUCCCCACUGUGUGUGUGUGUGUGUGUGUAUAUAUAUAUAUAUAUAUAUAUAUAUAUCUAUAUAUAUAUAUAUAUAGGGUGUAUAUAUAUGUUACUGCUUGACCCAAAAAAUUAUUGGUUGACCAACAGCCUACCGACCAAACAAUCGGCCAGUCGACUAAUUGGGGUCAGCUCUAGUUGGUAGUUCUGUGCAGGGUGUGAGGGUCGUUGAGGGAGGCAAACAAAACUACGUGUUUUGUCCUCAUACUUGGGGCCGAUUUCCCAUUUGAAAGUGCCUCUUAAGUCUGAGACUAGUCUUAUUCUGUGUCCGGGAGAAGGUCCUUUGAUGUCUAGCCUCUGCCAGGCUUAUAGCUAGUGUACAUGGCAGGGAAGGAGACGACUCAAUGUCUAAGCUGUGGUUGACUACACAGGGCCCGCCUGGUGAACUUCAUCAAGACGUCCGAGGUGAUCCGCCAGCCUUACCCACUCCAGUUGAGGUCAUCUGGGCCACACACCUACUUCAUGAAGAGAGAGACCUGGGGGUGGACCGACUUCCUCAUGAAUCCCAUGGUAUGAUCAGAUGCGAAUGAUGGUGCUCUUUGGAGCUUGUGCUUUAGGAGGGUCAUGCUGUGUCGUUAGAUGCUGAGUAAAGUGAAGGUCUACCUUUUGUGAUUGGUUGAGUCCUACUGUGCUAAUAGUUGUAGUAUUACUGUCUGGCAAUUGCUUUACUGUCGCAUGCAAGCACCCAAAGAUGCCACACCGCUCCUUCAGCACACAUGCCUCCCUAACAGUUGACAUUUGAAUAGUGCCUUUUUGCAUGUCAUUAUCAUGAUGUUAUGUACUAGUGAGAAAUAGACACACUGAGGCCUAGAACAGAGAUCUAGAAAGUAUAAGAUGGAAACAAUAGAAGCUGGUGCCCUCUGCUGUUUAAUACAUCUCUGUUUCCCCGGGUCAUGAUGAUGGUCCUUCCUCUGCUGUUUAAUACAUGUCUCUGUUUCCCCGGGUCAUGAUGAUGGUCCUUCCUCUGCUGUUUAAUACAUGUCUCUGUUCCCCGGGUCAUGAUGAUGGUCCUUCCUCUGCUGUUUAAUACAUGUCUCUGUUUCCCCGGGUCAUGAUGAUGGUCCUUCCUCUGCUGUUUAAUACAUGUCUCUGUUUCCCCGGGUCAUGAUGAUGGUCCUUCCUCUGCUGUUUAAUACAUGUCUCUGUUUCCCCGGGUCAUGAUGAUGGUCCUUCCUCUGCUGUUUUAAUACAUGUCUCUGUUUCCCCGGGUCAUGAUGAUGGUCCUUCCUCUGCUGUUUUAAUACAUGUCUCUGUUUCCCCGGGUCAUGAUGAUGGUCCUUCCUCUGCUGUUUAAUACAUGUCUCUGUUUCCCCGGGUCAUGAUGAUGGUCCUUCCUCUGCUGUUUAAUACAUGUCUCUGUUUCCCCGGGUCAUGAUGACGGUCCUUCCUCUGCUGUUUAAUACAUCUCUGUUUCCCCGGGUCAUGAUGAUGGUCCUUCCUCUGCUGUUUAAUACAUGUCUCUGUUUCCCCGGGUCAUGAUGAUGGUCCUUCCUCUGCUGUUUAAUACAUGUCUCUGUUUCCCCGGGUCAUGAUGAUGGUCCUUCCUCUGCUGUUUAAUACAUGUCUCUGUUUCCCCGGGUCAUGAUGAUGGUCCUUCCUCUGCUGUUUUAAUACAUGUCUCUGUUUCCCCGGGUCAUGAUGAUGGUCCUUCCUCUGCUGUUUAAUACAUGUCUCUGUUUCCCCGGGUCAUGAUGAUGGUCCUUCCUCUGCUGUUUAAUACAUGUCUCGGUUUCCCCGGGUCAUGAUGACGGUCCUUCCUCUGCUGUUUAAUACAUCUCUGUUUCCCCGGGUCAUGAUGACGGUCCUUCCUCUGCUGUUUAAUACAUGUCUCUGUUUCCCCGGGUCAUGAUGACGGUCCUUCCUCUGCUGUUUAAUACAUCUGUUUCCCCGGGUCAUGAUGAUGGUCCUUCCUCUGCUGUUUAAUACAUGUCUCUGUUUCCCCGGGUCAUGAUGAUGGUCCUUCCUCUGCUGUUUAAUACAUGUCUCUGUUUCCCCGGGUCAUGAUGAUGGUCCUUCCUCUGCUGUUUAAUACAUGUCUCUGUUUCCCCGGGUCAUGAUGACGGUCCUUCCUCUGCUGUUUAAUACAUCUCUGUUUCCCCAGGUCAUGAUGAUGGUCCUUCCUCUGCUGAUUAUCGUCUUGCUACCUAAGGUUGUCAACACCAACGACCCUGAGAUGAGAAAGGUAAAUAGUAGCCUCUGAUGUCACAAGUAAUCAAACGAAUGAUCUGUGGAAUUUCAGGUGAUGGACGUGUCACAUACGUUCUUUGUUACAUUGCCUAGGCUCUCUCCCCCUUACAAUAGUGUAUUGCUUACGUCUCCAUAUAUCGCCUAGCAGUUGUCCGUAAGGGGGAACUUACCUCAUCCACCACCAAUGUGAAGCACACGUCUUACCUGUGUGAUACUAAUCAUGUCUAUUCAUUGGUUCCUCUCUCCCUUCCCAGGAAAUGGAGCAGUCAAUGAACAUGCUGAACCCCAACCCUGAGCUACCUGACGUGUCUGAGUUCAUGACCAAGCUGUUCUCCGGCUCCAAGGGCUCCAGCAGCAAGGCUGUAGCUGGCAGCAAGGCUAGUGGCCGCCCGGCAGUCAAGAGGAGGUAG